AUGAAAUCAGGUAGUAAAAAUGUGAUUACUGUCAAAAAUAAUAAGGGAAAGUUGUCUUCUGAUGAGAUUAAGAGGAUGGUUCAGGAUUCUGAGAAAUACAAGGAAGAUGAUGAAAAACACAGGAAGAAGGUAGACUUAAGGAACACCUUUGAGACAUAUGCAAUCAAGAUGAGGAGCAUGAUCAGUAAUAACGGAGGGAUGCUAUCAUCCAAGGAUAAAAAGAAUAUCAAGAAUGCAGUCAACAACGCCGUUCAGUGGUUGGAAAGCAGUGAACUUGGUAAGACAGACGAUAUCAUUGACAAGAUGAAGGCAUUACAGAAUUUAUGCGACCCUAUCGUUGAUAAGCUGUACCAGCAGGGUGAUACUGAUAGCCCUCCUUCAACAAGAUCAGGCAGUGUUGCAUCAAAAUUUUCGAAAAUCUUAAGAUCAUUUGGUUUCCUCUGA